AUGGGUUCAACGGGCAAAGAUAUGAAGGCGGAGGCCGUCUUCCCCGGCAACACUUCAAUGUUCAUGAAGUUCCCGAGCAGAAGGAGCGUGGUUCACAGCACGCAGGGCAUGGUCGCAUGCACACAACCUUUGGCUGCGGAGGCAGGGCAAAGGAUCUUGAAGAUGGGAGGGAAUGCUGCUGAUGCUGCUGUCGCAGUUGCUGCUGCGUUAAACAUGACCGAGCCCACCUCGACCGGUAUUGGGGGAGACAUGUUCUGUCUCUUCUUCGAUGCAAAGACAAAAAAGGUCCAUGCUCUCAAUGGCUCGGGUCGCAGCCCGAAGAACACCACUCUGGAACAAGUGAGAAAAGAUUUGGGCCUGUCUUCGUCUCAGAGUGGCAAGAUUCCAGUCCUGAGUCCGCUGUCAGUCACGGUUCCUGGCGCACCUGCGGGGUGGGUCGAUACCAUUGAGAAGUUUGGGAGCGGGAAAUUGAGCUUGGAGCAGAUCUUGACGCCGGCAAUUGAGUUGGGGGAGAACGGGUUUCCCGUCAGCGAGCUUUCUGCAAUGUGGUGGCACGAAGGUGAAAAGGACCUUAGGGAAGCUUCACCCAAUUACCGCGAAAUGCUCAAAAGAGACAAACACUCGGAAGAUUUCGUUCGGGCUCCUCGGGCUGGCGAGAUCAUGAAGAAUCCCAACUUGGCAAAGACGUUCAGGACAUUGGCGGCGGAGGGGAAGAAAGGGUUUUACAGUGGGAGGAUCGCUCAAGCCAUUGUCGACGUCCUGAAAAUGACAGGUGGGCAUAUGGAACUGUCGGACCUGGAGGACCAUAUGAACCGGGGUGCCGACGAGCCGGAACCUAUCUCGUUGAGAUUUAACGCUCAGAAUGUGAAGAAGAUGGGAAUUCAACGCGUGACGAAUGGAUCGCCAGAUGACCACUUUGUCGAGUUGUGGGAGCAUCCGCCCAAUGGGCAGGGCAUAGUUGCUCUCAUGGCUCUCGGCAUCCUGGAAGAGCUUGAACGGACGAGGCAGAUCCCCACGUUCGCCCAGGAGGACCACAACAGUGCUGCACACUUGCAUGCCGUGAUCGAGGCACUUCGGAUAGCAUUUGCUGACGCGAGCUGGUGGGUGACGGAUCCAGACUUCAUGCCGGUCAAGCCAGCAGACAUGAUCUCGCGGCCAUACCUGGCGGAACGGGCCAAGCUGUUCAACAAAGACAAGGCAAGCGUUUACAGCAAUGGACAGCCGGGACCCAGCCCAGCCCAGAAUCACAGCGACACGGUAUACUUCGCCGUGGCCGACAAGGAGGGCAACGGCAUGAGCUUCAUCAAUUCCAACUACGAAGGGUUUGGAUCUUCCAUCAUCCCUCAGGGCUGCGGGUUCACCCUCCAAAACCGAGGGUCCAACUUCGAGCUGGGACCAUCAAACCAUCCAAACAUCUACGAGGGAGCGAAGAGACCUUACCACACCAUCAUCCCUGGAAUGAUCACCCACGGAGAAGAAGGAGAGCGAGAAUUACACUCGGUAUACGGAGUGAUGGGCGGUUUCAUGCAGCCGCAGGGUCACGUUCAAGUGCUGCUCAACAUGGAGGUCUUUGGUAUGAACCCGCAACAAGCUCUGGACGCCCCAAGAAUAUGCAUUGGCGCGCAAACGCCCAAGGAAGGCGAACCCGGCGCUGGACCUGUGUAUGUGGAAGAAGGCAUCGAUGAGGUGGUGGUCAAGUCGUUGAAGCAGAUGGGGCACGACGUCCAGGUUCUUCAGGGAUUCAGCCGAGCAAGGUUUGGACGAGGACAGAUUAUUCGGAGACAUGUUGACGAGGACACUGGCAUCAUGGUGUACAGCGGUGGAAGUGACAUGAGAGGUGAUGGAUGUGCUUUGCCAGGAUAG